GCGGGUUCGGCGCCGCCGCCGGGACCGGGAGAUGCUGCGCUGGAGCGGUCGCGGAAUUGGCUCGUCCGUCGCGCUCGCCCCUCGUCGCGCUUCCCGCUGCGGCCUCGGUCAUGUUGCUGCCCUCGGACGUAGCCCGGCUGGUGUUGGGUUACUUACAACAGGAAAACCUUACUUCUACCUGCCAGACUUUCAUUUUGGAAAGUUCAAAUUUAAAAGAAUAUGCAGAACACUGUACAGAUGAUGGUUUGAUCCCAGCCUGCUUACUGUCCCUGUUUGGAAAAAACCUGACAACAAUUUUGAAUGAAUACGUAGCUAUGAAAGCAAAAGAAACAACAAAUGAUGUGCCAGCAAUAAUGUCAUCUUUGUGGAAGAAGCUAGACCACACGCUUUCUCAGAUCAGGAGCAUGCAAAAUUCUCCAGGGUUUGCUGCUAAUCAGAGAGUCCGGACAAGAAAUGGAAUCGCUGAGAUCAAGCGACAGAGACGACUUGCAUCUCAGACAACAACUGCCAGUUCCGAGUUGCUGCCUUUACCUUCUAUUUCAGAACAGUUUACUGCUUCUCCUGUAACAGCCGCACAAGUUAUUAGGCCAACUGGGCAAAUUUCAGCUCCUUUAAGGUCAAAUUUUGUUGUGGUCAACCACUCACAGUCUCAAGACACUGUGAACACUGGAGAGACUUUAAAUAUCAUUCCUGGCCCUCAAGAAAAGAAAAACCAUGUCAGUUUAAUGUCUCCUGGUAGACGCAAAAGUGAAUCUCAAAGGAAGGGUAUCACUUUAUCUGGGCCUCAUUCAACAAUAAGGAAUUUCCAGGAUCCAAAUGCAUUUGCAGUGGAAAAACAAAUGGUUAUUGAAAAUGCACGUGAAAAAAUACUAAGCAACAAAUCUCUCCAAGAAAAGCUUGCAGAAAAUAUUAAUAAAUUUUUAACCAGUGACAAUAAUAUUGCUCAAGCACCUAAGCAAACAGACAGCGACCGCACUGAGCCGGAGGCUUCAAUUGAUGAACUCUUGGGACUUCAGAAUGAAAUCCACAUGUCGGAAGAAGUUAUCCAGGAUAUAUUGGAGCAGACUGAGUCCGAUCCAGCGUUUCAAGCGUUGUUUGAUCUUUUUGACUACGGUAAAACAAAGAAUAAUAAAAAUAUUUCACAAGGCAUUUCUGUACAGCAUGUGGAAACCAUUCCCAGUUUAGUCUUAGCUGAUGAAACUAAUGUAGCAGUUAAAGAUUCUUUUAAAUCAGAAGAAUCUGACUAUCAAUCUGGUGGACCCACAUUCUGUACAUCCUUUCAAAAUGAAGAUACCUCAAACGCUUUGAAUAAUGUCAACAACCCUCGUGAGCUUAGACCAGAAGCCCAGGAACAUUUUCCCCCAAUAAGCCCUGGCAUCCAGAAAAAGGCCUUUAAAGUCAUUGCUCCUGCCGACCAAAAGUGUAAUCUUGAUAUUACCUUUGAAUCUGUGCCUGAUUUGAACGACUUUAACCAAAGAACAAAUUCUGAUCCUGAAUGUAAUCAACGUUGUGCUGGAUUAUACACAAGCCAGAUGUCCACUGAGGCUGAAAUGGCUCUGGCAGUUGACAAGAGUUCUCUCUGUCCAGACGUGCAGAAUACAUCUCAUUUACAGCCUGCUCAGUCUGACGUACCAGUAACUUCAUUUGUUUCCCUUGGCGGUGAAGCUGACAAUGAAAAUUUAAUUCUGUCUGGGAAAAGCAGUCAACUUUUAUCUCAAAAUGCUCCACUAACUGAAAAACCAUCCAAAAACAUUAAAUUUUCUGAAAGCUCAACUGACACAGGCAGUCUUAAAACUAAUCAGCCUGGUUCCAAGUCACCAGAUUCCAGUGAAAUUCACCAGAGUAAAACUGAAGUUAAUAAUAAUGUGUUAUCGGUUGCAUCACAACAUUCAGAUUGCCAAGAGAAUUCUUUACUUCAAAAUAAAACACUUGUGUCUGCUGAAAGUUCAGGUGUAACUGUCUCUGACCAACAGAGUGAACUGCACCCUGGGGAUUCAGCAUCUUCAAAUACACAGUCACUUAAUGGUUCAUUGUCUGCUGAGCUCAACAGUCCAGAGCGUGAAACUCCGUUCUCCAAGUCUGAGAAAGCCCCUUCGGAUUCGCAGGAGCCUUCAUUGUGUAUAAAAGAAAAUGGAGAUCACAUUUUUCUGUCUUUAGCAGAAAAUAGCUGUGGGGAAGUUGCGUUGGUGCCGCCCGAAGGUGAUCAUGGAGAAGACAGACAAGCUCUUCCUUCAGAAUCUGUCAGUUCUUCAGUGGGAGAUUCUUACCCCGACUCCCAGAGUACUAAGGCGAAGCCUGCUAGCAGCAGCCCAGACGAGGUGGAUGGAUCGAAUAUUGUUUCUCUCAAAAUUAUCAUCAGCGAUGAUCCGUUUGUCUCCUCUGAUUCUGAACUUAACAGUGCCGUUUCUAGUAUCAGCGGGGAAAAUUUGCCUACAAUAAUUCUGUCCUCUUCUUCCACUAAGACAUCUUCCCAAAGUGCAGAAUUGGUUAAAGGCCUGUCUUCAGAAGAAGCCGCACCUGCCGUUUCCUCGGCAACUUCAUCUGCUGAAAGAGACGGGGAUUCGGCCUCGGUGGAGCAGAGUCUCCUGGCUCUCAAACCUGCAGACUCGGCAGCAAACAGUGCUCAGGUUGAAGACGGGUCCGCUUGUCCGCCUAAUGCUGCAUCGUGUGUCUCCAAGGACUCCGGGUUUAUACAGUUGCUGCCAACUCCAACCACGACAUUUGGCAGUUCAAGUAACAUUUUGAUAGCUACCUGUGUGACGGACCCUGCAGCCUUAGGAGCAGCUGUCAGUCAGUCGAAUGUGGUGGUCUUACCUGGAAACUCGGCACCCGUGCCCCCUCAGCCUCCAGCACCUCAGUUACAGACACCCCCCAGGUCGAACGGUGUGUUUGCUGUCAGCCAGGCUGUGUCGCCCAACUUUUCACAAGGCUCUGCCAUCAUAAUUGCUUCUCCAGUGCAGCCUGUACUUCAAGGAAUGGUGGGGAUGAUCCCUGUGUCUGUGGUUGGACAGAGUGGAAACACCUUUUCGGCUCCUCCUCGGCAGGUUUUUCAUAUGCCGAUGACGGCUCCUCUGUGCAAUAGAAAUCUCUCUCAGCUCCCCCUCCCUCCCAAAUCCCAGAAGACCCAGGGACCCAGAAACAAGCCUUCCACAGGAAAACAAGUAAAUAAUUUGGUGGAUUCAUCGGGUCAUGUCGUUGGAUGUCAUGCACAGAGAAAUGAAGGGUCUGACAAGACUAUAGUCUCAGAGCUCGGGGAUAAAAAGGAAGAAGGCGCAUCUCCCGUCGCGGGGGAGAGCACGUCUCAAAGCUCUCAGAGGCCAGUGGAGAGCUACAGGCGCGUGCUCAGCUUUGACAGCGGCACUCCUCUGGCCGGCCCACAGGGGCCCAGCCAGAAGGCGACGUCCCCAAACAAGGACAGGAAUGACACCUUCCCUAAUCCCGACUCGCAUGCUGUGCCCUCCACCCUCAAGCCCCCGUCCAGCAGUGCUCUCAAAAGAGAGAAGCUACCUGUGCCCAAGAUUCUUUCCAAAUCGGAACCUGCGGUCCACCGACAUACGAGCGUCAAAGAAGCUCCGGCAGAAAGGAAAGUCGCCCCCGCGGAAACCAUACUUGAGUCUUUUCAUAAAACAACCGCGAAUAAGGAGAAUGAAUUGUGCACUGACGUGGAAAGGCAGAAGAAUCCAGAAACUCCAAAACUGUCUAGUAGUCAGCAAAAUGGGGGCUUAAGGAAUGAGAAACCUGUAGCUUCAUUGCAAGAAAUAACCAAAAAACAAGGCACGUCUUCCAGUGGGAAAGGUGCUGCUUCCGUAGGGUCAGCCGGGAAGGAGCUUAAACAAGAGCAAACCAAGUCUUCCAGUUCUUUGAUGAACCCACUGACCAAACACGCCGCAGAAACGUUCCGUGACGCCCAGUGGCACAGCCCCGUAAACAGGGUCACGGAUGGUGCCGAGCUGCCUGGACCCCGGACGCCUGGCUCGGGGGUGGGGGAGAAGCACAGAGAAGAGCCGGCAGACGGGCUCAAGGCCCCCUCCGCCCGGCGCUUUGGGGAAGACAGCGGCCCUGCCAAGGUCCUGGCCCCUCCCGGUGCCCAGGAGCUGCCUGCCUGUAGCCCUGCCAGUGAAACGGGGAGUGAGAACAGUGUGAACAUGGCAGCGCACACACUCAUGAUCCUCUCCAGGGCCGCCAUCUCCAGGACGGCCCCCGCCACUCCUCUCAAGGACAACACGCAGCAGUUCAGAGCGUCUUCCAGAAGCGGCACGAAGAAGCGAAAGAUUGAGGAAUUAGAUGAGCGUGACCGAAGCACCCGUGCUUCUAGUAAAACUCUCACAAAUUCGUCGAUCCCGAUGAAAAAGAAGAAGUUUAAGAAAAAGAAGCUACCCAGUUCAUUUCCGGCUGGAAUGGAUGUGGACAAAUUUUUGUUAUCAUUGCAUUAUGAUGAGUAAAACGUUCUGGACAUAGAAGCAGAAGCUGUGAGACUCAUUCCCUAAGUCUGAGCGUAGAGAAUGAGAUACCGGCGGAAUCUGAAAGUCUGACCUGCACUUUGAUUGUUCUGAAAUUUCACUUUAUAACGAAGUCAUGCUGUUUCUAAAGCAGCUUUCUAGUUUGUAAAUAGAUUGACCUGCUCUAUUUUAUUUUGGAAAAACAUUUGCAGAAAUGCAAGUAAAGCCAAUCUGCAAAACUGUAUAGCUGUGAAAAUUGCAUAUUGUAAAUAUUGUGUAAAUCUCCUUGAAAUAGAGGUUAGAUUAACCUAAUAUUCUACACUGUGUUUUUGACUCAUGAUCCCUAGUUCUGAGACUUAGUCAUUUGAAAUAGUUUCUCAGUUUUGUGGGGAAAAUGCUUUUCCUUGUAAACUGCCUUCAGUAGCUGUCCAACAAGACAGUUAAGGAUAUAGCCACUAAAUAAUAACAAAAAUGGUAACUACGUCAACUGGUAGUAAUCAGAAAUGAACAGUAUGGGUUUUUUCCACCCCUUUUAUAAUUGUAGUAAAGAUUAUAUUCCUGGAAUUUUAUACUUUAACUGUGUAUUCUGGUCUCUUUGUUUUAAAGAGAGAUUUUUGUAUACCAUUUGAGUGUUCUGAACUUUUGUUUAUAAAUUAUAAAGAAUAUCUUUUACAGAACUUUAAGUGUUAGACUAUUGAGCCAUAAAAAGAUGGGUUAUAUUAGAGUUGAGAUUUCAUGGUUAUGUAUAUACUUCCCCCCACCCCCCCCUAACGCUGGGGCUCUAAAGAAUUGCACUAAUUCAUAAGAAUUUUUACAUAGUAUGACCAAUGCACAUUUAAUUUAAAUCAUGUAUUCUUUGUUAAAGCGUGUGCGGAGGAUCGUCUUCUGGAAUCCUUUGAGAAAGCCAUGUCCAUCGUAUGAUGUAAAAUGAAGUCAUAGUUUUAUGAUUUAAUUUCGUUUUCCUAAAAUGAAUUGUGUUGAACAACUUGUUUACGUACAUGCAGCACGUUGUCUCUCCACCCCCGUGAAGUGUCAUAUAAGGAUUUACUCUCAAAAAGUCCGUAAGGAGAAAGAGGUGCCUUCUUUGUAUUAGAAAUACAUGGGUCAAGUUUAAGAACUGGUUGAAACUUAGAAGAACGGAAAUUAGUACAGCUUCCCCCCUCUGCCUGGAAGUAGAACUUAUUUGGUAUUGUUUGAUGGAUUAUUUGGGAACACACAGACUUUCCCCCUUGUAAAUUGGUGGUUACAGCAACCCCAAACCCAAAAGGCAUCUUACCAAAACAAGCCAAAUAUGAAUAUUCUGCUUUCAGAGAGCGGAAGAGGCAUGUGGUAAGUCCCUGACCGGUUGUGCCUGGACCCUCGAGUCUGUUCUCUUCAGUGUUUUUUGUCUGGUUAAAUAGCAGUAUAUUAAGGUUUUUUUUCCUGUAGUGUACAUAUUGUUAAGAGUUGUUUCCCUCAACAUAUUUUUUGGGGGGGGGGGUUGUACUAGACCUUUCAAAACAAAAUCCAUCCUACCCUCAGCAUUUAAUGUGAAAAUUACAUCUUAAUUGCUAGACCUUACUGCAGAAAUUUGUGUUGUAACAAAUUUUUGUGAUGUGACAACAGUCUUAUUUCUAAAGAAAUAUAUAGUUAAUGUUUAUUUAAUUCGACUUGAUACUCUACAGUUAGGUUUGAAUAAAUAUUUUCAUUGACU